GUAUGCUCGUGACUGAGGACGCGGUUAGAUUACAGGCCUUUUCUCCCUCAAUUUCUGUGUUUUUCUGGGCCAACUGUCAAUUGUCAAGCUGACAGCGUCCUUCCUUCCUUCCUUCCAGUUCCCGCAACGCCCAGCCAAGUCACCACUUCAUUUUUUCCCAUUUGAAGUGAAAGUUCCAAUGCUCCAACUUGCACAGUUACUCGUGGACGAUUCACGACCUCCUGCGAAAGCCAUGGGCAAAUUCAAUACUCAAAAUACAGACCUGUAGAUUAGUUAUCUUCCGCGAUUUCUUCUUGGAAAUCCAAUCCCUUAUGCUUUUCCCCUUUAUAUAUCUCCUUCCUUGCUCUUUCUCAUCCAUCUCUCUCUUUCUCUCUGCCUCUGAGCGAGCAUUCACCCUGUUCUCUUUCCCAGCAAUGGCAUCUCAAAAUCCCGAAGUCAAUUUCCAAGAUUACUUGCCUAUUAUGGCCAACAAGCUUCGGGGAGAUGGCUUGAUAGACAAAUUUUGCAAUGGGUUUAAUCUAUUGAUGGAUUCUAAUAAAGGGGUCAUCACGUUGGACAGCCUCAAGAGGAAUUCCGCUUUGCUGGGGCUACAAGACUUUGCCGAUGAGGAUCUUCGCUCCAUGUUGAGAGAAGGUGAUUUUGACGGUGAUGGGACCCUGAAUCAGUUAGAAUUCUGCGUUUUGAUGUUCAGCUUGAGUCCUGAACUCAUGGAAGGGUCAAAAUUGUGGUUACAGGAAGUCCUUCAACAUGAACUCAAUGAUUAUGUUUGAUUUCCCUCCAUCAUUAUUCCAUUUUAAUUUGUCUAUUUUGGGCAAUUGCCCCAUAUAAUUGUAAGAAAAAAGAUAGAAAUGAAAUGGAACAAAAUAUUCGUUUGA